AUGUUGAGCAUGAUGGAAAGUUCCAAUUCUCCCGACCAACAAUCAGGGCUCAGUGAUUCUUUCGAUGUUAGCGAGUCGCUUGUGCCAGCAAGAGAUCUCAAAAGAGUUAGCUACGCCGAAAUAUCAUUUGACGGCCUACUGAAAGAACCCCUAAUACUCAAGGAAGAUCUUAAGGAAGGAUGCGGAGGCCAGCUAUGGCCGGCAGGCAUGGUCUUAGCAAGAUAUUUGUUACAUCAGCAUCGAUCUGACUUUAACAAUAAGGCAAUAGUCGAGUUGGGAGCUGGCGGAGGUCUCGUUGGACUUGCUGUUGCACGCGGUUGCGACAUGGGGUCGUCAUCAGUAUACAUCACGGACCAAGCACCAAUGCUCCCACUAAUGGAGGCCAACAUCAAGCUGAACAACCUUUCCUCUCGCGUUGCUGCCACGGUGCUAAACUGGGGGGAUUCCCUUCCGGAUUGUAUUCCGACACACCCCGCUAUCGUACUUGCUGCGGAUUGUGUCUAUUUUGAGCCGGCCUUUGCUUUGCUGAUAUCUACUCUCAAAAACCUCCUGGGUCCGGAAUCUAUUUGUUAUUUCUGCUUCAAGAGACGUAGACGAGCAGAUCUCCGUUUUAUGAAAUUGGCGAAGAAGCUAUUCGACAUCGUCGAGGUUUGCGAUGACCCGAUGGCGGAGACUUACAAGCGAGAAAACAUUUUUCUCUAUUCAAUACGUUUGAAAUCGGGCACGCCUGUCUAA